AUGCCCAAAGCAAAGAGUCCAAGCACCGCCGCUCGGGCCGCUGCUAUUUCCGCCAACAAGCCUGCGUCUGUGUUCUCCGUGGAUCCCGUGGUGCCUCCUGUCUACUCCCAGGGCCCAGUCCGGUCGUUCCUUGUGUCGACUCCUACUCCUGCUGUCAUCAAAAAACGUCUGAUUGUGGACGUCAAGGAGCUCUACCUUCUCGCCGUGCUCUUGGUGGUCUCGCUUGCCGUGCGUUUCUACAACCUCAGUGGUCCCAACCUGGUGGUUUUCGAUGAGGUCCACUUUGGUGGUUUUGCCAGAAAGUACAUCUUGGGUAAGUUCUUCAUGGACGUGCACCCUCCAUUGGCCAAGAUGCUCUUUGCAGCUGUGGGCUCGCUCGGAGGUUUUGACGGCGAGUUUGAGUUCAAGAACAUUGGCGACGUGUUCCCUCAAUCCGUUCCCUACGUGCUCAUGAGACAGUUCCCAGCCGUGUUGGGUAUUGGAACCGUGAUCUUGUGUUACUUGACGUUGAGAUCCUCGGGUGUCAGACCCAUUGUGUCCUUCAUCACCACCCUCUUGUUCAUUGUCGAAAACUCCAACGUCACCAUUUCCAGAUACAUUUUGCUCGACUCGCCAUUGGUGUUCUUCAUCGCAGCAUCCGUGUAUGCCUGGAAGAAGUUCGAGAUCCAGAUCCCAUUCACCGGUCCAUGGUUCGCCUCCUUGGUCGCUACUGGAAUUGCUCUCGGCUUGGCCGUGCUGUCCAAGUGGGUCGGUUUGUUCACCAUCGCCUGGGUGGGCAUUUUGUGCGUGUACCAGUUGUGGUUCAUCAUUGGUGACUUGACAGUGCUGUCCAAGAAGGUGGUGGGCCACUUCUUCGCCCGUGGCCUCAUCUUGUUAGGGGUUCCUGCCUUCUUGUACUUGUUUUUCUUCGCCAUCCACUUCCAGGUCUUGAACCAAGAGGGCGACGGCUCGGCCUUCAUGUCCUCCGCAUUCAGAGCUGGCUUGCAGGGCAACUCCAUUCCCACCAACAUCAACUCCCGUGUCGGUUUGGGCUCGGUGGUCACCCUCCGUCACGUUGACACUCUUGGUGGAUACUUGCACUCCCACGCCCAUUUCUACCCUACUGGCUCCAAGCAGCAACAGAUCACGUUGUACCCUCACUUGGACAGCAACAACGACUGGAAGAUUGAGCCUUACAACGAGUCUAUUCCUGAGAAGUUUGUGCCUUUAACUGACGGUGUCAAGAUCAGAUUGGUCCACGUCAACUCCGGCAGAAGAUUGCACUCCCACGACGAAAAGCCACCUGUCAGUGAGCGUGACUGGCAGAAGGAAGCUUCCUGUUACGGUUAUGAGGGAUUUGAAGGCGAUGCUAACGACGAUUUCAUCGUGGAAAUCGUGGACUACAGAUCGGAAGCUGGCGAUGCCCAGAACAACGUGUUGGCCUUGAAGACCAUCUUCAGAUUGAAGCACGCUAUGUCAGGCAACUACUUGUUCUCCAGCGAGGUCAAGUUGCCAGAAUGGGGUUUCCAACAGCAAGAAGUCACCACUGCUUCGCAAGGAUUGAGAGGCUUGACCCACUGGUACAUCGAAACCAACCACAACGACUUGCUUGCUGACGAGGAAAAGGAGUACAUCAACUACCCUAAGUUAUCGUUGUGGCAGAAGGUUGCUGAAUCCCACGCCAGAAUGUGGAAAAUCAACCAAGGCUUGACUGACCACCACAACUGGCAGUCGUCGCCAUACUCGUGGCCAUUAUUGUUGAGAGGAAUCAACUACUGGGUCCACGACAACAAGCAGGUUUACUUCCUCGGAAAUGCCGUUGUUUGGUGGUCUGUGUCCGUGUCCAUUGUUGUUUUCUUUAUCCACACUGCCAUCUCCGUAUUGAAAUGGCACUUGGGCCAAACCGUGGCAGAAAGCAAGGAUGUCUUCAGCUUCAACCACCACGUUUUCUCCUACGCCUUGGGAUGGCUCUUACACUACGCUCCCUUCUUCAUCAUGGGCAGACAGUUGUUUUUGCACCACUACCUUCCAGCCCUUUACUUCGGAAUCUUGGUGUUGGGACACACCUUGGAAAUCUUCACUGGCUACUUGGUUUCCCGCUCCAAGGUGUUGCAUAAGUUGAGCUACGUCGUGGUCACCAUUCUCGUGGCCUUGAGUGCUGUUUUCUACUUGCAAUACUCGUCGUUGAUCUAUGGAGCUCCAUGGACCAAGGCUCAGUGCACCAACUCCAAGGCCUUGAGCGGAUGGGACUUCGACUGUAAUGCCUUCCACGAGAACUUGGCUGACUACAGUGCUGUUUCCAGCUCCAGUAGUCCUGAGGCCACCGCAGCCAAAGAGACUCCAUUUGUCAAGAACGAAGUUGCCCACGAAGAGCAAACUGUGUCCAAGGUAGAGGACGAACAAAAGGAGCAAGAAGAACCGGUUGAGGAAUCGGUGGUUCCUCCAUUUGAAGAAGAAGGCACUGCCAACGCUGAAGAAGUUUCUGUGGCUGAUGAUCAGGAAAUCCCUCAAUCUGAUUAG